CCUUACUUUCUCGUCUCCUUUUUCACCAUUCCAACAUUCCCUUCAUUCUUCAUUCUCUUUGUUUAUGUGUUUUCCGUAUAAAAAGCUUCCCCUUUCUCUAUUCUUUUCAAAACCCCACUUCAAUUUCAUCUUUCUGUUUUGUAUUUCCUGUUUAAAUCCUAAACCCAUGUGGUAUUUGGUUUAAGUUCAAAAUCCCAUGUCAAUUAUGCAAAAAUCUUGAACACCCAUCUCAGAUUUGUCGUUAAAUUAUUGAAAUACGAUGGUUGGGAGUGGUAUAUCGGAGGUGAUCACUAGCAAUGGUUGUUCAAAGAUGUAUUCAGAUAUAAAUUGUACAUUGAAUACUAAUUCUUCCAGAGAUCUUCAUCUUCAACCUCCACGUCCUCCUCUUCUUCGUUCUACCUCGAAUUCCCCAUUUUCUGGUCUUGUUAUUUGUGUUACUGGUCUAUCCAAAGAAGCAAGAAAACAAGUGAUGCAUGCAACUGAGAGAUUGGGUGGUCAAUUUAGUUCCCAUUUACAUCCAAAGUUUAAUCUAAAAAACUCUUUUUGGGAAAGGAAAUGGAGAGAGUAUAUGAUCUUGAUGAGUAACUUAACGAAUAUCUACAGCUUCCAUGAACGUAAAUCUGAGUAUGCAUCAAAGCACGAUCUCUUCAUCGUUACACUUGGAUGGUUUGUUGAUAGCGUAAGAAAAAACGUGAGAUUGAACGAAUCAUUAUACGGUGUUAAGAAUUUUGGAGAGGAUUAUAUGGCGAAGAAGGAUCUAAACCGAAAUUCUUGUCUUCCUAAUGCUAUGGUGGAUAAUGUUAAAGAAUCUAAAUUGAUACAAAGAUCAAGAUUACAUUUAGAAGAAAAGAAAAGAAGAGGUUCAAUGUUUUCGGGUGAAAGCGUGUAUGUUGAUCCCGAUGUUUCGGGUGAGCUGAGGAACAAGGUUGUGGAGGCUGCUAGGGAGGAAGGUGGUUUGCUAGUGAAUGAAUGGUUGGUUGGUCAACAUGCAACUCAUGUGGUAUGUGAAGCUUCUUCGGUUGGAAAGUAUCUCGGUCAAUCCAACAAUAAUCUUGUUACUCCUGUAUGGUUUCUGAAGACUGUGAAGGAGGCAAGGACACAGAGGCUUGUCCAUUUGUCUGCUGACUUGGCACGCCACCUAGGAAUGACGAUGCGGAAUGUUCCAGGUGGCAAUGAUCAAAAGGAUGGAAAUAUCAUGAAAUCUAGCCAUAAAGAAAAUCAAAACAUUGCAAUGCAUGCUAAAAUGAGAGUUAGGAAUCGCCGUGCCCAGGCGAUAAAACCAUCAGCUCCAAACGUCCUUCUGGAUUCAAUAAACUGGAUCAUGUCAGAGCCAUCAUCAACCGCAUAUAUCUGUAACAACAACUCAUUCAGUAUUGAUGAUGCCAACACAUCUGUUCCAGAUGCUUGUUUCGUGAACUUCUUGCAACCACUCUCGGAAAGGGAAAAGAAUGAGUUGAUUUUUGGGAACCAUUUCAUUACAAUAUUGUUUCCAGUGGACCGGUUUGGGGAGAUGGGCCCGUGUUCGAGGACGUUCUUCAGUAACACAGGCUUCACAUGUUGGCAGCUAUUACAUCACGUCUUUACCUUUUAUCAGGAGAAGAUGUCAACAUCCGAGAUAGAGUUAGCCAUCCACACUGAUUCCCGCCAUGCUGAACGGCUACGGUCAAACUACUCCACCAAAGAAGCUGUGGAAGUCAAACGCAUUGACUUCUUAGGGAGUCGAAGAAGGUUUCAAAUGCUCAAGCGUGUAUCCGGGGACCACAAUAAAAAUGUAUACGAGUUGUUGACCAGAUCAUAGUUCUUGUUCCAAUUUGACCUCAUUUAUGAGAACAAGACUUAUUCUAGUAAGC